GACUGACGCAAGUGUGUUGCAGCGGAUGCAUUGUGGGAAACACCUCUGUUCAUUAUUUUUCUUUUUUCUAGUCCUCCAUACUGCUGAGAACAACGCUUAACAGCGCACACAUUUCGCCUUAUAAAACAGGAAUCUCUGUCUACUCAAUCUAUAAGCUAAUCUCCAGGAGCCAUGGCCCGUACCAAGCAGACUGCCCGUAAGUCCACUGGAGGCAAAGCCCCCCGUAAGCAGCUGGCCACCAAGGCUGCCCGUAAGAGCGCCCCGUCAACUGGAGGCGUCAAGAAGCCUCAUCGCUACAGGCCCGGUACCGUGGCCCUGCGUGAGAUCCGUCGGUACCAGAAGUCCACUGAGCUGCUGAUCCGUAAGCUGCCCUUCCAGCGCCUGGUGAGGGAGAUCGCCCAGGACUUCAAGACCGACCUGCGCUUCCAGAGUGCUGCCAUCGGAGCUCUGCAGGAGGCCAGUGAGGCUUACCUGGUUGGUCUGUUUGAGGACACCAACCUGUGCGCCAUCCACGCCAAGCGUGUCACCAUCAUGCCCAAAGACAUCCAGCUGGCACGCCGCAUCCGUGGGGAGCGCGCUUAAAAUGCCCUGCUAACACAGCUCCUCCCUUCAUCUGCCAUCCCUUUCCCAUCUAUAUAAACUUUGUUAGUAGUUUGCUUUGGCUUGUUUUGAUUGUGACAAGAGUAAAGUGUAGCCUUGUUUCCUCUUUUAGACUUAGCAUAAGAGUUUGUUUCGAUAACUUUCAUGGAGUGAAUCUAUAACACACACACCUCAGACCCAACAAUCUCACAGAAAUAGCUAGGCAUCUGUGUGGAUGGACGUCUUGUGUAGUAGUGAGUUUGUGUUUCAAGGUGAGGCUGAAACUCAUUAGUGUGUCUUUGAUUCCUCACAUUCUCCUCUCUUCCUACAUGGAUGGGAGUGAGAGGGAAGGUGAGGAAUAUAGGUCAACACUUCUGAGACCUUUCCUCAGCACAGCAAAUAUUGCUCCACAUAAAGUAUCUUAGUUUUCUUCCUGUAUUGACAAACACAGAUAUAAUACUGUUAUAAUCGGAUUGUGUUCUCAUUUUGUAAUGCAUGAUUUUCACACACAUAACCUCAAUUAUCUAGGUGUUUUUUUACAACUGCACUGUAUUUCUACUGGUUUACAGUUCAAUCAAAUUGGGCUUAUUAUGUUAUCUAAUUGAAAUUACAUGAUUAUAUAAAAAUGACUCAAAAGCCUACAGAGGCCAAUAUGUAGCAUAUAUCUUUUGUUUUUAUCUGGGUCAUUUGAUUUUUACUUGUGUUCCUCUCAGGUUGAUGUGAUACCCUUUUUUACUGGCUAUGAUUUUUUUAUAUCAUUUUAAAAACAAGUUUUUGUAAUACCCAAAUUUCACAUACAAAAGGUGAUAAUAAACCUGGUGUUCCUUAAA